CCGCCGCCGCUGCCGCUUCAGCACCAGAGCCCGGACAGCGGCGCCGCCCACGGGCAUGGACGGCGGUAGCGGCAGCGGCAGCAACGAUCCGGCUCCCGGCCCGGGUCCGGAAGGGGAGCAGCGGCCCGAGGGGGAGCCUUUGGCUCCAGACGGCAGCUCCCCGGACAGGUCCCAGAGCAAGGCUGUGGCCCCUGAGGCAAGCCCAGAGAGAAGCUGCGCCCUCCACAGCUGCCCCCUUGAGGACCCUUCCAGUUCCUCGGGACCCCCACCAGCAACUUCCACCCUCCAUCCUGUGGGCCCAUCCAGCCCCUUGGCCCCUGCCCACUUUACCUAUCCCCGGGCACCACAGGAAUACCGGGGGGGCAGCUCCCUUCCAGGGCUUGGGGACCGGGCAGCGCUGUGCUCCCAUGGCUCCAGCCUCAGCCCUUCCCCAGCCCCCUCACAGCAUGAUGGGGCCUGGAAGCCAGCAUCUGUGCAGCACCACGUGGUCAGCGUCAGGAGGCAGCCCAGGAUGUCCCCUGCGUCUGAUGGAGGAGGCAGCCUGGAUGGAAGAGGAAGGAAGCGUUGGAGCUUGGGAGUGGGAAAGCCUAAAAGGGUUGAUGCCAUCUUCCUCUAUCCUCCACCCCCACCCCAACCUCCCACCCUACAAGAGGACUCUAGCAAGCAAGCGUCUUUUCUUCUCUUCCACAGGCAGGUACGGGCCUUCCAGAUGCCAAAGAGCUAUUCCCAGCUGAUUGCUGAGUGGCCAGUGGCCGUGCUGCUGCUGUGUCUGGCUGUCAUCCUCCUCUGCACCCUGGCUGGACUGCUGGGGGGCCAGCUACCCGAUUUCUCCAAGCCCUUACUGGGCUUUGAGCCUCGGGACACGGAUAUUGGGCGCAAGCUAGUGGUCUGGAGAGCGCUGCAGUCCGUCACAGGCCCCAAGAAGCUGCUUUCCCUUUCUCCAGACCUUGAGCUGAACAGCUCAAACCCCCAUACCACUCUGAGCCCCACACCCUGGAGCAGUGCCCAGGAGGGCAUGGUCCGGCCUUGGAGGAUGGUGGAGCCCCUGGAGGCCAGAGGGCAAGAGAGCUUCUUCUGUGGCCCCCCUGGCCCAGGACCUGGGGCCAAAGGGGUGAGCUCUGGGUGGUGUGUUGCAGAGAAGAGCUAUGCACAGCUGGUGUUCAUGUCCACCUCAGCGGGCAGCCUGUGGAACCUGCACGCCAUCCAUUCCAUGUGUCGCAUGGAACAGGAUCAGGUCCGCUCCCAUACCAGCUUUGGGGCUCUGUGCCAGCGUACAGCAGCCAACGAGUGCUGCCCCAGUUGGUCCCUGGGCAACUAUGUGGCCGUGCUCUCCAAUCGCUCCUCCUGCCUGGACACUACUCAAGCCGACGCAGCCCGCACGCUGGCCCUGCUGCGGGCCUGUGCCCUCUACUAUCACCGUGGUGCCCUGGUGCCCUCUUGUCUGGGACCCGGGAAGGACAAGCCCCCACGCUGUGCCCAGGUUCCCACCAAGUGCUCCCGGAGCAGUGCUGUCUACCAACUCCUGCACUUCCUGCUGGACAGGGACUUUCUGAGUCCCCAGACGGCUGACUACCAGGUGCCCUCCCUCAAGUACAGCCUGCUCUUCCUGCCCACCCCGAAGGGUGCCUCCAUGAUGGGCAUCUACCUGGACCGCCUAGCCGUGCCCUGGGGGCUCUCCGACAACUACACGUCCAUCACUGGCAUGGACCUGGGCCUCAAGCAGGAGCUGCUGAGGCACUACCUGGCCCAGGAUACGGUGUACCCCUUGCUGGCCCUGGCCGCCAUCUUCCUCAGCAUCGCCCUCUACCUGCGCUCCCUCUUCCUCACACUCAUGGUGCUACUGGGGGUGCUGGGCUCCCUGCUGCUCGCCUUUUUUCUUUACCGAGUGGCCUUCCGGAUGGCCUACUUCCCCUUCGUCAAUCUGGCGGCCCUUGUCCUGCUGAGCAGCGUCUGCGCCAACCACACCCUCAUCUUCUUCGACCUCUGGCGCCUCAGCAAGAGCCAGCUGCCCUCCGGGGGGCUGGCGCAGCGUGUGGGCCGCACCAUGCACCACUUCGGCUACCUGCUGCUCGUCUCGGGCCUCACCACGGGCGCGGCUUUCUACGCCAGCUACCUGAGCCGCCUCCCCGCCAUCCGCUGCUUCGCGCUCUACAUGGGCACGGCUGUGCUGGCGCACCUGGCGCUCACGCUGGCCUGGCUGCCCUCCUCCGCGGUGCUCCACGAGCGCUACCUAGCGCGCGGCUGUGCGGCCCGGGCGCGCGGCCCGUGGGGCGGCAGCGCGCCCCGGCGACUGGCGCUGGCGCUGCACCGGCGGCUCCGCGGGCUUCGGAGGGCGGCCGCCAGCACCUCGCGCCUGCUCUUCCAGCGCCUCCUGCCCUGCGGCGUCAUCAAGUUCCGCUACAUCUGGAUCUGCUGGUUCGCCGCGCUGGCGGCGGGGGGCGCCUACAUCGCCGGCGUCAGCCCCCGCCUGCGGCUGCCCACGCUGCCGCCGCCCCGCGGCCAGGUCUUCCGGCCCAGCCACCCCUUCGAACGCUUCGACGCCGAGUACCGUCAGCAGUUUCUGUUCGAGCGGCUGCCUCAGGGCGAGGGCGGCCACAUGCCUGUGGUUUUGGUGUGGGGCAUCCUGCCGGUGGACACUGGAGACCCCCUGGACCCUCGCAGCAACAGCUCUCUGGUGAGUGACCCUGCCUUCUCGGCCAGCAGUCCUGAGGCCCAGCGCUGGCUGCUGGCACUCUGCCAGGGAGCUCGGAAUCAGAGCUUCUUUGGGGCCCAGCCAGAGGGCUGGCCCACACUGUGCUUCGUGGAGGCCCUCCGGCGCUGGAUGGAGAGCCCCGGUUGCGCCCGCCUGGGGCCUGGCCUCUGCUGUGGCCACUCGGGCUUCCCCUGGGCCCCCCAGCUUUUCCUGCACUGCCUCAAGAUGAUGGCUCUGGAGCAAGGCCCCGAGAGCACCCGGGACCUGGGAGCCCGCUUCAAUACCCAGGGCGGCCUGGCCGCCCUGGUCCUGCAGUUCCAGACCAACUUCCAGUAUAGUCCAGACUACAGCCAGGCCCACCACUUCUACACUGAGGUCAGCUACUGGCUGGCAGCAGAGCUGGGCAGGGCACCUCCCGGCCUGCGCCGGGGUUGGUUCACCAGCCGCCUGGAGCUGUACAGCCUGCAGCACAGCCUGAGCACCGAGCCUGCUGUGGUGCUGGGCCUGGCCCUGGCGCUGGCCUUUGCCACACUGCUGCUGGGCACCUGGAACGUUCCACUUAGCCUGUUCUCUGUGGCAGCCGUGGCAGGCACCGUGCUGCUCACGGUGGGGCUCCUGGUUCUACUCGAGUGGCAGCUCAACACUGCUGAGGCCCUCUUUCUCUCUGCCUCUGUGGGCCUCUCGGUCGACUUCACCGUCAACUACUGCAUCUCCUAUCACCUGUGCCCACACCCUGACCGCCUGAGCCGCGUGGCCUUCUCGCUGCGCCAGACCAGCUGCGCCACGGCAGUGGGGGCUGCAGCUCUGUUUGCAGCCGGUGUGCUCAUGUUGCCUGCCUCGGUGCUGCUCUAUCGCAAGCUGGGCAUCGUCCUCAUGAUGGUGAAGUGCGUCAGCUGCGGCUUCGCCAGCUUCUUCUUCCAAUCCCUCUGCUGUUUCUUUGGACCAGAGAAGAACUGUGGGCAAAUCCUCUGGCCUUGUGCCCACCUGCCGUGGGAUGCCGGAACUGGGGAGCCUGGUGGGGAGAAGGCAGGCCGCCAACGACCAGGGCCAGUGGGAGGGGCGCCUGGGUCCUGCCCAGAGCAGUACGAGUUACAGCCCCUGGCACGACGCCGGAGUCCCAGCUUUGACACUAGUACAGCCACCAGCAAGCUGUCCCACCGGCCCUCAGUGCUCUCCGAGGAUCUACAGCUGCAUGACGGCCCCUGCUGCUCCCGGCUCCCACCAGCCCCUACCUCCCCAAGGGAGCUGUUCCUGGACCACCAGGCACUCUUCAGCCAGUGCCCAGCCCUGCAGACCUCCUCCCCCUAUAAGCAGGCUGGCCCCAGCCCCAAAACCCGGGCCAGGCAGGACUCCCAAGGACAGAAGGCUGAGCCUGUGCAGGCAUCACCGGAAGCCCCAGCCCGCUCCCCCAAGCCCAAGCCCCAGGUCGCAGAGCCUCCUGAUUGCCUCUGCUCCUCAGCCAGCACCCUGGAGGGGCUCAGUGUCUCUGACGAGACCUGCCUAAGCACCUCUGAGCCCAGUGCCCGUGUGCCAGAUUCCAUGGGUGCCUCUCCAGAGGACCUGGAUGAAACUGAGCAAACAGUACCUGAGCGGGGCCAGCUGAAUGGGAAGCGUGACACGCUGUGGCUGGCGCUGAGGGAGACCGUGUACGAUCCAUCGCUGCCCGCCUCCCACCAGAGCAGCUCGUCCUGGAAGGGCCGUGGGGGGCCAGGGGAUGGCAGCCCUGUGAUGCUGCCCAACAGCCAGCCAGAUCUGCCAGACGUUUGGGUGCGCAGGCCCAGCACCCACACUUCAGGCUACAGCAGCUGAGGGGGGCCCCGAGAGGCCGGACUGGGGCCCAGAGCCUGUCGGGGGUGACAAGGCAGGGGCAGCAGCAGGCUAGAGCCUGUUGGUGUUUCCUCACAUCAGCGUGGAGGGGUCUCACUCUCCAGCUGCGGAUUUUAAACGCUGCCAGAUGAUCCAGCCUUGGUAGGGGCUGCUGCUUCCUCCCCACAUCUAGAGGAUUCAGUGGGGGUGGGGGGGGGGCGCGGGGGGUGGUCUUUGGAGCGAAACGCCAAGCUCUCCUUGUGACCUGCUAAGGGCGCAUCUGCCCCACAGUGCCAACCAGGACCCACCCUCUGGAAGGGGGAAGGCCACAGGUGUAGCUCCAUGUAUCAGGGGAGGCUGACCUGGCCCCCAUGCCAAGUGACAAGAAGUUCAGUGGGACUAAGAAGGGACCCAGUCCUUGGGACCCUGCCAGGGCACCUCACCAACCAAAAGAGCCCUGGGAAACCUCAGCAGCCUCCUGGACCUCACACCUUUCAGGGGCUUUUUAUCAGGACACUUCCUUCUCUUUGGGGAUCCUCUCUGGGCCAGAAUUGGGCUGGGCCCUCCGUCCUUAACUACCUGUGCCCCUCACACUCCUCAGUCUGACCAGGAGUUCGUCAAGGCCAGGCAGAGAUGGCUGCUGGAAGUGAAGCAGGAGGAGGAGGAAUGGUCAGCCUCAGAGCAUUCCUAAAUUGCUGAUGGUCCCUCAUGGGAAGCUGCAUUGACAUGGAAGGGUCCUCUCCCCUGUUAACAACCAUAAGAGUCCUUUACGUCCUGCAUCUUUUAGUUUGCAGAACACUUCCACACCCGUCGUGUCCUGGGAAUCUCACCAGUUCUGUAUGGGGUAGCCUACAGUUGGUCAGGUCCUUUUGCCACCGGUUUACAGGUAAAGACAUUGAGACUAGGUAAGGUUAAGUGAUUUACACAAAGUCGCAUAGCUAGUAAAUGGCAGAACAGGCUUCCUGACUCAUUCCACCACAACUGCCACUCUCCUCCUGUCUACCUGCCCCAGGGACAUUGGCCUGUGGCUGUCUUGAUCUUUGGCCUCUGACACCCUCUAACAACCUGCCUUCGCAGGUGCCUCUCAGUAAACUCCCCUCCUUCCCCACUUUAGGCCUCCAUCUCCAGAAAGAGCUACAUUCUGAGCAAGCCUGGAGUUCCUCCCCAUCUCCCCCGUGCUUCCCUCCAGCUCCAGCUGAGAAGCCUACCAUCCAUAAGGUUUCCUGGCUGUUCUGAUUCCCAGGUUCAGGGUCAAGAGGAGGAGGCCUCUUCAAUGGCCACAAUGUGUGGAGAGUCCCUGCCAGGAGAGGCAUUGAGGGCAGUAGAGGCUGAGAAGAGUUCAAUUAAGGCAGGAACUCAGGGCUGCUCUCUUUAGGAGUGUGUAAGUCUGAAGCUGUUUCGCAGGUCAAGGUCCCAGCUUCCUAAGGACAGGUCUCUCUAGGAGCACUCAGCAGACCAAAGGCUGACUGCCCCCUCCCCAAAGCAAAGGGUCUCUCUGGAAGGUUUUAUCCCACAUGAGAGCUCACGACACCUGGAGCUUCAGCAAGUUUACUGAACACCAACUCUGCCUAUGGCACUACACGGGGACAGAGGCAAGGAGGGAAAAUCAGACAUCUGCCCUAAGGAGCUCACUCUCUAGCUGGGGAAACAGCUCACACACACAUGCAGGCAGCGAUGGGUCACUGAUGGUAGCAUGCAGCACAUGCUGAGGGCCAUAGGCCUGUCACCAUGACUAUUGCUGGAGCUCAAGUACCCAGGAAUGGUAACCAGGAAGGCUUCCUGGAGGAGGAAUGACUUGAGCUGGGCUUUAGAAGUCCAAGUAUCUCAAACUGGAAGGGACCUUAACAAUCAUUUAUUCCAGCAGUUUUCAAACUUUGGAGCCUCAGGAUCCUUUCUUCAAAGAAUCCUUGUGUGGAAACAGUAUAAAAGCAGAUAAAAAGCAGCCACUCUGGUGGGCGCUGUGGGUGGGGGAGUACAGAGCCAGGUCAGCCUCCCUUUCUACUGUGCCUCUCAGGGGACCCUGGGGAUCCCCUCAAGCUCCUGGUGGCUCUGAAGAAUGUGGUGCGAAACCACUGAUGCAGGUCAUUUUAUGGGUGAGUAUCACAGAGGGGAAGGACUUUUCUAGGGCCAAAGAGACAGUGUGUGGCAGAGCUGGAGGCAAAUCAGGGGGUGUUUUGGGGUUUUUUCCUAUAUUGUUGAGCCCUACCUCCCACUCCAAGUAACCCAUAAGAAGUGAGGCCGGAACCCCAAUGAAAAUAUGGGCUUUGUGGAAGAGACAGAAGACCGUGGGCAGAAAUGACCGGUUAUAUUGGCUCCUUUGCAAGAUAAUGAUACCCAUUUGACUCCUGACACCAGGAAGGAGAGACAGUGACUAGGACUAACUUGGACCAGCUCCCUGGAGGUCCGCUGGGACCUCUCUCUCUUCAUGUCCGAGUAGAAUUCAGCCUCUCUGGCCUGGCUUCUCUGCACCAUGGACUAUAUCCUGUUAUCACACAGCCAGGCUGAGAGAGCUCUGGUCUCAUGUGGGACCAUCAGCCAGAGGGAGGAUGAGGUGAGCCCUUCUUACUGAGCACGAGCAGAAGUCUGGCCUUGACUCAAAAGCGAGUCCAGCAUCUUAGUGGUCUCUCAGUGACUCACCGCGGCUCUUCUGCCCUGUGUUGUAGGAAGGCAGCAGGGCCCUGGACGAAAAGGACCAGCUCCUCCACACCCUCUUUCGUGCCUUGCAGGGGGAUACGUUGAUGUCUGGGACUGGAGCUUCAGAAACUUGGCCCGAACACAACCAGUGAAAUGUUCACGAGAACAUGAAGUGGUGGCUGGGGUGGGCAUCAGGGAUCUGGGCACAACUGAGGGCCCUCCGCAGGGACUUCUGGGUCCCCUUCUGGCAGGCUGUGGCCACACAACCCUUCAGGAAGGCAGAUGAGUCAGAGCAGCCAAGGUACCCACUGGAUUUGUUCUUUACACCAGCGGGCCCAAAGGACUGGAAGAACCCAGUGGUAAUCCAAAACAGCACCUCACACCCAGAGUGGCCCGAACGAAGAGCAGGCUUCCCACAGCAGUGGGUAAUCCCGCCCGCCUCUCUAGCCCCAACUUUAGAAAGCAGGAUUUGAAGCGCUUUCUAUUUCCUUUGAGUUUCAGCAGAUCUAUUAUUAUCAUUAUGGGUGGUUACAGUGAGUGUAUGGCCCUGGACACACGGGAGAGGCUUAGGCAUGCUGUGAGGCAAGGGGAAACCAGUCAAAGCAUUCACGAUGGCUCUAGAAAAUUCAAGAAAUGGUUUCUUAACACUGAGACACUGCAUUAACACUCAUUUGGGACUUGAGGUCAUUUCUCCUAUUUGUGCCACAGAUCCUUGAACUCACACCCAGAGCAUGAGUAUGUGUACCGUAUGUUUUAAAAAUGUAACUUGGAAUAGUUUGUCACUAUGGGGAAACCCAUCCUUCCAUGGCUGUGGCACUUUGGUGACAAUGUUAAAGAUUGAUUUGACCGGCAGAAUCUUAGAUUUUACGGGCACAUCCCAUACCAUGAUAUUUAGGCAAUAUCUCAGCUUGAGCCUGGUUCUGAAAGAGACAUCUCACAGGAGAUUUAUAAGGCAAAUGCCCUCAGCCCCCUCCAACUAACUCCUUCUCCCAGUGCAUGACAAGACAGGGAGGCGGGUGAGGGGUACCAGGAAAGAGGACAUAUUGGGGAGUUUCUGAUCUUUUCUUCCGUGGUGGCCUUAUCUCGGCCUUUGAUAAUACACGUGGGCAAUGACAAGCUCUCUGGCACCCAUGCCAUGCAUCAAGAUUUGCUUGGGGGUGGGGAAAACAGACAUUCCUUACACUUUCUAACCUCACCCUUGUUCACAGGGACAACAGUAACUCAAGGUGUAGUGGUGUUUAUGCUUAAGGGAAGAAGCUGUAACUCAAUUCACUGGGAAGAUGAGAAACAAAAGAAAGCCACUGUGUCCUAUGUAAAUGGCUGGCCAUCCCAAGCCACCUUGCACUGAAGAGCCCUGGAAGGACCUUGAUAAACUUGUUAUCAUGA